UAAUGCGGCCAUCUUUGAAGAGGUGAAUGGCAGUUAGGGGUUGACAAUAUUAUCACCUUGGAAUAACAUUGCAUAGGAGAUAUUACAGCCACGGCUCAGAAGGCAGUUUAAAUUUUGCUUAAAAUUUGCACGGUUUUUGACAGGAUAUCUGUGUAUUUUUACAGCGCUGUGAAGGAAAGGGCUUAAUACGUUGGAGGUGUGACGAGUUUGCCUACUUCGUUUUUAUCAUUGAAAUCGUAGUGCGGAAGUGGGUGUGAAAUGUAGCUUUCAGAGUCGUCGACAUAUGAAGAAAUGACAUGAGCUUCAUAAAUACUCAUCAGAGUCCCCAGAUGGAAGUGGAAUAACCUUGUUCUGCAGUUAAAGGGAUAUUUGUGUAAGUUAAUUCACUGGAGCAUAACGCUGUUUGAACGCUAGACGCGACCGCGGAAUGACAAUGGCCGCCGAGGACCCAGAGUUAAAGAGGCGACUGGCUCGUCUGGAAGGGAGAAUGAAAGACCCGAAUUCUGAAAUAUCAGUGGAUGGUUUGCUGGAUUCCAUCACAUCAUUGGUUGCAGAUUGUGACUUCCCAGCCAUCCGAAGAAACAAAAAUGUGGAGAAUUUUUUGGGAAGAUAUGAAAAGAUUGUUGCUGAUGUGAACAACUCCCGAAUGAAGGCAGACGACUUUGAGAUGGUGAAAGUCAUUGGCAGGGGAGCUUUUGGCGAAGUACAACUGGUCCGCCAUGUGUCAACCAGAAAGGUCUAUGCCAUGAAGUUACUCAGCAAGUAUGAAAUGAUCAAGCGCUCGGACUCUGCCUUCUUUUGGGAAGAGAGAGAAAUCAUGGCCAAUGCCAACAGUCAGUGGAUUGUGCAGCUUCACUUUGCCUUCCAAGACCAUCGGUUCCUGUACAUGGUAAUGGACUACAUGCCCGGCGGAGACCUGGUAAACCUCAUGAGUAACUAUGACGUCCCUGAGAAGUGGGCCAAGUUUUACUGUGCGGAGGUGGUGUUGGCCCUGGAUGCUAUCCAUUCUAUGGGAUUUGUCCACAGAGAUGUCAAACCAGACAACAUGCUGCUGGAUGCCCAGGGACACCUGAAGCUGGCCGACUUUGGCACCUGUAUGAGGAUGGACAAGGAUGGCAUGGUGAGAUCAGACACAGCUGUGGGUACACCAGAUUACAUCUCCCCCGAGGUGCUGAAGUCCCAGGGCGGAGACGGUUACUAUGGCAGGGAGUGUGACUGGUGGUCCGUGGGUGUCUUCCUGUACGAAAUGUUGGUUGGUGACACCCCUUUCUAUGCUGACUCCCUGGUUGGCACAUAUGGUAAAAUCAUGGACCACAAGAACUCCCUCAGUUUUCCAGAAGACAUUGAAAUCUCCAGAGAUGCCAAAAGUUUGAUCAGAGCUUUCCUAACAGACAGGAGUGAGCGUUUAGGCCAGCGAGGGGUGGAGGAAAUCAAAGGUCACCCAUUUUUCACACGGAAUGACCAGUGGACGUGGGACUCCAUUAGGAAAACUGUCCCCCCAGUGGUUCCUGAGUUGUCCUGUGAUGUAGACACCAGUAAUUUUGACGACAUAGAGCCAGACGAGACGGCCCAGGAGACCUUCCCAGUUCCCAAGGCAUUUGCCGGGAACCACCUGCCUUUUAUAGGAUUCACAUAUAACAGAGCUUAUCACCUACUCUCUGAAGCAAAAGCCUCACUAGAUCAGGUUGAUGUAAGUAUACAGCUACAUAUCUUUAUGGGUUCUGAAAGGUGCAUGCUGUACAUAGCUGUUGGUACAUAUAGUAUAACCCGCUUAGUUGCAUGCAUUUCUUGCUGUACAACACAAAUAGAUCAAAAUAUAUUUUGGAAAUUGUUGAAAUCUUCAGUUUUUAGUAGCAUUCAUUGCCAUACAUCACUCAUACAUCAAAACACACAGUAGUUUGUAUCCAAAGGUGUACCACUGUGUACCGCUGAUUGACCUUUGUGAUAUUAUAAUUACUUGUUUCUAUUUGGCUGUUUUAAUUUGGCAUGUUCUAAAUGAAGACUAGAAACAAUAUGUGCAUGAAAAUAAGUGAUGAUUUCAAUUAAACAGUUUCUCAAUUGAUAAAUUGUAGAAUAGUUAUUUACUAAUACAUAUUCUUUAAAAGUGCCACAUAUGGUAGUAUUACAACAUAUUUUAACUGAAUAAGGAAAAAAUAAGGGAUGCUAACACAAAAGGGCAUGGUCUCCAAUAAAUGAUAGCUUUCAGUGUACAGAUUAACACAAUUUGUCCUGAUAUGUAUGUCAUGUCCGACCAAUUAAUUUUGUUAAAUUUGUGUAUAUUUAAGUAUAUGUAAUUUUAAAGAUGCAUAUAAAAUGAGAGUAAAUACCCUGUAACAUAUAUGAAUUACUAGUUUCAGUUGCUUACACAAGGCACGUUGAACCCACAUGCCAAAAAAAUUCAGAAAAAAAGGCUUUAAAA